AUGCCGAAGAGAAAGGCUUGUCCGUCCCUGGACGCAGAUCCAUGCGGGAUUGGACUGUUCUAUCUCACCGCGGAUGAGGUGAACAUGAUCAGGGAGAAGAUGGACCAGAUGAAGCGUUCGCGGAUUUCUGGGUGGGCGUGGGUUUUAGAAGAGGCAACAGAUACACAAAGAUGCGGGAGCAAAAAGAGGCAAUGCGACACGAAGGAGACACAGGCACGAGAAGCCACAAAAGCGCCCGAGAAGGCUGCAGCAGCCAAGGGCAAGACGCCGAAGGCGGCUCCCAACAACCGAACCGCCAAGGCAAAAGCGACAGAGAACAAGAAGAUGACGGAGAAGAACGCCGCUAAAGAAGCCGCAAAAGCGGCAAAGAAGGAAGCACAGGAGGCCAAGUUGGCCAAGGCACAAGCAACGAGACUGGCAAAAGCGGCAGAAAGGACUGCAAAGGAGGCAGCAGCGAAAGCCUCUGCAAAGCCGAAGGCGGCUCCCAAGAGCCGCCCGGCCGCGAAGGCCAAGCCGAAGGCAAAGCCAAAAGCGUGGCCCAAAUCGACCGCUAGGGGCAACAGACCCCAGCAGCCUCAGGAAAUGCCGCCAGCUCCACAACCACAACCUCAGGCGAUUGAGGUGGACGACCAGGAAUCAGACAUUGAGCGCAUUGAGGAGAUGGCCUCGCCUUUGGAACGAUGCGCCGACCAACAGGAGCGCGAGUACCUGCUGAGCUUGAUGGUACAAAUCUCCGACGACAAUAAGAGACGAGUGCUUGCGUUUUUCCGGGAGAUUGUGCAAGAUGUCGAUGUCCAUGACAACGAGUUCACUCUGGAUUUCGACAUGAUGACCCGCAGACGACGCCAUGAGCUCAAGGAAGUCUUGGAGCAUUGGGCGGAAGAGGCACGCACGGAACAGGCCCAAAGGGACCGCGAAGAAGCGGAGGCUUCCGCAGGCCGUGAAGCGGCGGCAUCCGCAGGUUGGUGUGGGAAGGGCCUGACGGCACGCUGCAUGUCUGAUCUAGUUGAAGGUUUUGCACACAAUGUGGUGAAGUGCUCACAACCCUGUCAGGAACAGCCGCUGAUGAACAAGCAGAAGGUGGUGGCAGCGGUCGUGGGCUAUGGCACCAACUGGGUGGGUGUGAAGAUGAUCUUCUACCCCAUCGAAUUUUUAGGAGUGAACAUUCGGAGAUGGCCGGAGACGCCUUUGGGCUUCAUAGGCUGGCAAGGCAUUGUGCCUUGCAAGACAGGCAAGAUGAGCAGGCGCCUUGUGGAUAUCAUCACGGAGAAGCUCUUGAGUCUCAAAGAGGCCUUCUCCCGCUUGGAUGCCGCCGAGUUGGCGCAACGCCUGGAGCCGUCAGUGGCAUAUGCCAUCGAGCAUGAUGCUGCCUGGGGCGAGGUCUGGAUCAGUGUGACUCGGCCACAGCUGCGCAGCGUGCUGACGCAACUGGUCCAGGACGCAACACCCAAAGCAGCCAGGAACCUCUUAGAUCUACGGAAGGUCGUCUCCAGCGCCUUCCUCAAAGACAAGGUGCUGUUGGGCGAGCUCUUCCAGAAAGCGGGCCGAAAGGAGCUGGAGUUCUUGGUGAACUCCGGCCUCAGCUUCGGUUUCUUUCUGGGCAUCCUACAGAUGCUAUUGUGGAUUUGCUUUCCCAACAACUGGGUGCUUCCAGUAGGCACGCACCGAUGGCGUUUGGGCGUUUUUUGGCAUGCGGGGAACCCGAUGGGAGAUCGUCGGGUGGUCUUUUUUUCGCCUAAGGUUGAUGAUCAACUGGGGUAG